AUGGUUCGUACAUAUGAUUAUUUAUCUACGUUUCGUUUAAUGAAAAAAGAAACAGAUAAUAUUGAUUUUGUUGUAGAAUUCUUCAAAGCCGAUUUUACAAACACUGAAACACUUCUUGUAGUUCUUAAUGAACUUAUUACUCAAGUGGGUGAUCGUUUGACUUUUACAAAUAAAGAUUUUGCAUAUGAUGAUAGUGCAUAUCGAACUGUAUGUGGAGUAUCAAAUCUUGGUAGUGUUCAUUCACUUCUUGCUGGAGAAGGAAAUAUUCAAAGUGCUAAAUUUGCUCUUCAUCUUAGCGUUGACUGUGAUGGAAUAACAAAAACACCUAAAAAACUUCGAGAAUUUGUUCUAACAAACUUGCGUCGAGUAUUUGAUAUUCGCCGGACUUCAUCAAUUAUGCUUGGGUUCGGUAUUACUAUGCCUGACAUGGUUGAGACAAAACAUUCUGCUGAGUUCUUGGAAGAAAAAUUGAAUGAAUCAUCCAUAAGAAAACGUAAUGAUAUCUUUAAAGAUUUAUUUUCAGAAGACUAUGGUUAUACGCUAGAACCAGUAAUUCGAUAUCUACAGUUACACAUAUCCGACUUAGAACCUAGUUAUAAUCGUGAUUAUCCUUUUGCUGAAGAAGCAACACGAGGUGAAUGGGCUGUAGGAUAUCAUGGCAUAGGAUCAAGUGGUGUAAAAGGCAUUGUAGAUAAAGGAUUAUUACAUAAUUCUGUUGCAUAUAAUCAAAAUCCAUCGAUUACAAAUGUACAAGGAUUUCGUGUUCAACCAGGAAAAUUUACCGAACAUACAAAUACUGCUGUGGUUAGUGUUGGAAAAGUAUGGCGCGUAUUCGAUGAAACAGCUAUACGACUGUACGGAUUACUUUUAAAAAGUUCGUAAACGAUUGAUUUAAUCGGUCUUUAACCUCAUCGCCGAAAAAUACUUCGUCGAAAUGCAGAUCGCCGAUUUUCGGCGAUCUGUAUUUCGAUAAUCUGUAACUUCGGCGAUAUAUAUUUCGACAGUCUAUCAUUUCUAGAAUUUCACUUUCGACGAAGUGCCAGUCGGCGAUAUUGCUUUUCGCUAAUCACAUAUCCAACACAACAACUCGUUAUUCAUGCUAGCACAUAAUACUAAGACUUUCGAUGAUAUAUAUAUAUAUAUAUAU